AUGAAAUGGACAUCUCCUACAGACGCCAUGCCAUGGGUGGGAUUGUAUAUUUCAGUAGCAUCUCUGGUUUGCACUCUAGCAAUGGCAGCUGAUGUCUUCCAAGGCUUUCGACAACGGAAGCUCUGGUUUCCAUGCAGAUUUUUCACCAUCAAUUCUGCUUCUCUUACACUGAUAGCAAUAUCAACAAAGCUACCAGUGGAUCUGAGCGCCGACAUGUCUGAUGACUUUCAUGAGAUUCUAGCAAAGAGUGUCAGCAUCAUUUUCUUGUUCACCAUGUUAGCCAACUUUCUCCCAUCUUUAGGGCUUAUGAAUGACAAGGAACUUCUGCUGAAUACCGUGGCCUUGUGUAUCCUCAUAUACACCAUUAAAGUAAAUAUGUGGAUCCAAUUUAUUAGUGCUUGGGUAAAUUUGGCAUCAUUAAUCCCUUUAUUAAUUCUUUUGAUUCCAUGGCCAAUUUCAGUAGCCUUGACAGUUUCAGCAUCUAGAAGAGUUUUACAACAACGGUACAAGAAGUUGCACAGUUUGGCUUCUAAUCAUGAACAGAUAAACUUCUCCUACAAGGAAACUGAAAAUAAGGUUAAAAAGUAUUGGAUGAUGGCAGAGACUGGUAACCCCCAAUUUGCAAUUGCUUGUUCACCAGUUUCUUCUGCUUUUGGGGUUCUAUGCUCACUCUUUGCUUUCAGUGCAUUUAAUUUUUUGCUUGUUUUUAGAUCAGAUAUUGAGAAUGAUAUAUCGGAUUAUAAGUGGUCAAUCAAAUUAAUUGUUUACAUACAGUUAAUCGGGACAAUAAUAGGUAGUAUAGCACCAAUUUUCAGAUGUUUGACUGCCACCAGUCACUUCAACCUCUCCAUGAAACGGAGCAUGCACCAUCUAAACGUGUUCCAUGUUGAGAAGCAUUGGAAACAAAGGCUUCGGCAGUGGAAACACAGCCAUGUCCCUUCAUAUAUUCCAGGCCGCCAUUGCAAGAAAGUUUUCUGCAACAUCAGAAACAUAGUUCUGAACUUUUGUAUAGUGCUUCAGAUAAUGGUGGUGGUUAUAUGUAAAACAUUAUGUCUCCUUCCCAUAUCUUUUCUGAUCUUAUUCUAUUAUUGUUACCACUUUGCCAAGUAUGCCUUGAAGUGGUUCAAGGAAGAACCAAAUGCAUCUAGCACCAAAUGGAUAUCCGAUAUGGAAGAAUAUACUGGUUAUGUCCUGCAAAUCGAACAGGAUGCGAAGCUUUCAAUGAGAAUGUUACGAAAUGCGCUCAGCUCUAUAACUCGACUUCUUCAAGAGUCCAAAAAGAAAGAGCCAAGGAAUCUUAUGAUUCUUCUUGAGAAAUCUACAGGAUUCAAAGGAGUAAUAGAGUUCGACAGUGAUCGAGUUCCACCUUUACAUCCAGAAGAAACCCAAAACUGCUGGAGCCUAGUAGCAGUAACAUUAACAGCCAUUGCACUUUCUCUUCCUAACAUUGCAAACCGCCACAUCAAGGGGUUGCUUGCCAGCAUGAGGGAAGGCCUCCAGUUUGUAAGACAUAUCGAAGAAAACCUCAAUGCAAAUGAUGAGUUAGUAAAAACAAGAAAAGCAGCAAGACGUGUGUGGACAGACGUUGAAGUAUACUGCAAGUGGCUACAAAUUGAUCUUCAAAAGAAGGCUAGUAAAGGAAAAACAUCAAAGGAGAUUCUUCAAUGGUUGGGUGAUGAAGCAGCAAAAAUUGUGAUACAGUUCAAGACAAGGAAAAAUGUAAGUCUGGAUCACUCACUUCGUAAGUUCAUUUCUGCGAGUUCCAUGUAUAGAAUCAGUCAAACCAUACUGCUUCGCUGCAAUGAGCAAGAAAAUUGGCCAACAGAUGAAGAACUUUUUGAGUGGAUAUCAACAAUAAUCGCAGAUUUGCUAUGUGCUUGCUUUACCAACUUGCCACGUGUCAUAACCAUGAAGUGUCAUGAUGAUGCAAUAGAGAAAAGAGAAGAUACCAUCAGAACUGCAGCUCAGCUUCUUGGUAGAUCCAAAAAGAUCCUGAAAAUGCUUAAAAAGCGCCAACUUCCCAACUUAGACAUGGACUCGAUUGGGUACAUUGAUAAGUGGCAUGCAUUACCAAAGAGUAAGAUACCCAAUGGUUGUUCUUUUUCAGCCAGGAGUCAACCAGCUUCUUCAAGUUCUAAUGAAUCUUUGUUUGUAACUAUUAUUUAA